CUUACGUUGAUAUACCCUAGUAAUUGGGGGCCUAUCAUUUAAUUAGUUUACAUGAACUUCAUUGAACGCUAAUCGCCCGUCACUAAAUUAAGACUUCUAGGAGUUCCUGGAAAUGGCGAUUUCGGAGGACUCGACGACAAAUCAACAAAUCUCUCCUCCCAAUUCAUAUGGAGGUGUGGUUCUUGGUGGCACUUUUGAUCGAUUACACGACGGGCACCGUCUUUUUCUCAAGGCAGCAGCAGAGCUAGCGAGGGAUCGGAUUAUGAUUGGAGUUUGUGAUGGCCCAAUGCUCACUAAAAAAAAGUUCCCGGAACUUAUACAGCCUAUUGAAGAAAGAAUGCUAAAUGUUGUAAAUUAUAUCAAGUCUGUAAAGCCAGAACUGUUGGUACAUGUUGAACCUAUUGUCGAUCCAUACGGUCCAUCCAUUGUUGAUGAAACUUUGGAGGCAAUUGUUGUCAGCAAGGAGACGUUAGCAGGUGGAAUGUCAGUUAACAAGAAGCGCGGCGAAAAGGGCCUUUCGCAGCUGAAGAUUGAAGUUGUAGAUUUAGUGACUGAUGAGUCUGGUGGUGAUAAGCUGAGUUCAUCUACACUAAGAAAGUUUGAGGCAGAGAAGGCUGCCUCACAGCAAAAACCAUAGCAGAAACAAAAUCCAAACAUAUAAAUAAAGCCCAAGUUGACUUAAGGAAUCAUCCGGAAGAGAUCUUACUUGAGUGGAUAUAAACAAACUCAUAUCUCAAAUUAAUAAAUUAUCAUACUACUGUGGUAAAUUAGAAUGAUGUUUGUUAUUGUCUCUCUUUGUAAUUACUCCAUGAUUCUACACCUUCUGGUAUUAUUAGCUUAGAGAUUAAUAAAUGAAUAGUUUCGCUCAGUUGUGCUUUCGGACAUUA